CAGGGCGUAUGCGUGAGCUGCUUGUAGAGGACAUCCAGCUCCGUCGCCUCGGUUGUUGAACAUUUAACUCCAACAGCCUUCGCUGGAAGUUCGCCGGGGCCAGAAUAAGAGGGGCAUAAUUCGCCCCACUAAUUCGACAUAAUAAUAAUUCAACGACGUUGUUAUUCGCAAAUCAAUAAUCAUGAAGUUGCUGUGGGCUGCGUGUGCCCUUCUGGUGUGCUGUUGGCGAGCUAGCGCGUCCACAGCUGGAUUUAUCAAGUCUCCCCUGUCACAGAUAAAGUUUACUAAUGACAGCACAGAGCUUCAUUGUGAGGUGAUAGGUGACCCAAUUCCUGAGGUGCAGUGGUGGUUUGUGGAAGGUGAUGAGCCCAACGAAACCUUCACCCACCUCUUUGAUGGGGCAAGGGAUGACCGUGUGCUAAUUAACGCCACAUACGUAGCCCACGCCACUAGCACCCUUCACCUCACUAACCUCACCCCAGAUGACUCUGGCACAUAUGAAUGUCGUGCUUCCAACGACCCUGACCGCAAUGCCAUGAUGAAGACGCCGAAAAUCAAGUGGAUCCGUUCUCAGGCAAACGUUAUUGUGAUUGAAUACCCCACCGUCAUUGCUAGUCCUUCUGAGGUUAACAAUCAGACUACAGCGGUCCUGAGCUGCAACUUGACAGACUCGUCUCGUCCCAUUAAGGGGUCCUUUUGGCUGCUCAAUGGCAAACUCGUCAAGGAUUCGGAUUCCACUGCUUCGGUCCCUUACACAACUCUGCAUUUGGAGAAGAUCAACUACCAUACUGCAGGAAAGUACGAAUGUGUGUUCAAGACUGACCCCAAUGUCACGCAAACAAUUGAAGUGAAAAUUCUUCCCCAUGUCUCUGCCCACAAACACUCAGAGCAUGGCAAUGAAAAUGACAAAAUUGUAUUGGUCUGUGACAGCCACGGUUAUCCAUUUCCCACUGACUGGACUUGGAUCAAGAAGGUAGAAAAUGACUUUGAGCCUAUCAUCAACGGCACCACUGCCAAAUACGAGAUCAAGAGCACUCCCAACAAGACCAGUCUGACCAUCAGUGACCUGAGCAUUGAAAGUGAUGUGGGUGACUAUGAAUGCAGCGGGACCAACGAACUUGGCACGAACAGCGACACAAUCCACCUGCGUGUCCGCAGCCGCCUGGCCGCUCUGUGGCCCUUCCUGGGCAUCGUUGCUGAGGUCAUCAUCCUGGUGGCCAUCAUCUUUAUCUAUGAAAAGAGGAGAAAGCCCGAUGAAAUCAACGACGAUGAUGACUCAGGAUCUGCUCCUCUGAAGAGCAAUUCUACUACUAACCACAAGGACAAGAAUGUGAGGCAAAGAAAUUCUAACUAGAAGAAGAAAGAGGUGAGCAGGAGUCCAGGAUUGGGCUGCUGCGGGGCACAUUAAACUGUGCACUCUGCUACUUUGAAUAACUGUAAUGUGUUUGAUGAUAAGUGUUUUAAGAAACUGAAGGAUUUAUUCUUGUUUAUUUUAUUUCACUCUAUAUUCUUUUCCUUGUCGUGCAACCAUAGGACAUAGUGUCAAACCAUUUUUGCUCGAGUCCAUGCCCAGGGCCGACACUGCAUGAGUUUAAACGCUGGUCUAGCCAAGUGUGUGUGUGUGUGUGUUGUAAACUCAUUAGAAUGGUCAUGUGAGGAGUGCUUAGUCAGUGGUUAUGUCUCCUUUUGCUAAUGCUUCCUUUACUAACCUCACAGUGGUCGGCUGUUGCUUUCAUAUCCUCCACUUUGAGAUAGUGACUGGUAAACCAGCACAAGCGUUCUGAUUGUUUUGAGGAUAUUCAUUCUAAAAAGGCACCACCAUUCAAAGAGCAACAACCAAACAGACGAACCUUGGCAGAGUUUAAACUUUGAACAUUACCGGUGCCAAUCCCGUGUCUAUUUUAAAUUUCUUACUCCACUUUGAUUGAAAAACUUAAGCACAUACACCUUAUUGAGUAAGAUUCCUUUUUUGGUAUAGGGUCUUGUUGCCAUAAGAAGUUUUAGUUUUUGAUCGGUUAA